AUGGCAGGUCGGACCCUAGCUCUGCGAUAUGGGCCCCCUUGGUCCUCCAUUUCUGAAACGGAGGUGGUUGGAAACUGGCCCAAUUGGCAUCUCACCAGCAGCGGGGUCGCCCACCACAGGGUCCCACUGGCGUCCUUCCCUCCGCUUACUCUACAGUCUCCAGACAAGGUGCCCCUGCCUGCAGCCUUGAAGCAGGACCCACACAUCUGGGCUUUUGACGAGGUCAUCAGCAGAUGGGAGACCACCUCAGGCUCAGCACACACCCCCAAGUCACGCCAUGGCCCCUGUGCUCAGCCCAGGGCUCCAGAGCAUGAGGACCCCAGGCGGACACUAGGCAUCAAGUCUUUGGCAGAAAAGCUAAGAAGACAUGAGGGUCGGGGUGUCCCCCUGACCACAAAAUACCAGAUCAGCGAGACGAAGGCACAGUACAAGGGCUGGCCAGAUCUGGAUCAGAGCGACCCCCUCUUUGUGGAGCCCCAAUCCCUGGAGCUCAUUGACCACCAUCGCGGGGGACCUUCUCAGGCCCUAGUCCCCUGGACGAGGAACCCCGAGUUGGCUGGCCGACCCUUCACAGUGAACAAGAUGGGUGUCCUAGAUCGGCUCCAACCCUAUGUGACCACUUCUGCAUGUGACUUUACAAGGAAGUUGUCUGGAUAUCCCUACCAGAAAUCGGUGAUGGGCCAGAGCUUGCCAAAGAAGGCAUCCCGCCAUGAGCUGGAAAGUCCACCGAGGAUGCGCCCAGCCCGUGCGCGCCCAUCGCAACCGGUCGUGCCGUACCUGGGAGCCCUGUCUCUGACCCGGGAGUCCUACGGACCCUUGGUGCACCCGCUCCGUAGGAUGGACCGCUUUUGCCCAGUAGACGCACCCUGGGUCGGCCCCCACCGGAAGCCGGUGGCAGGCCUCUACAGUGUACCCAAGGCCUACUGCACUGAGAAUUCCCGCUAUGGGAGUGCCAAGGCGGAGCUGGUGUGA